UGACAGACACGGAAGUGUUGACCAUAGACGCCUAAACAGAAAAGAUCAGCUGAAGUUCAAACUGUUUCUCAAAGUGUACAUUAGGCCCCGUUUAUCUAAUAGUGUAUUGAUUAUAAUUAAAUAGAGCUGUGAACAGUGGGGUUGAUCAGCAAUGAGUGGAAACAAAACCUGCAGCCAGUGAGGGCCUGAUGAGCUGCUCUAUUCAGGCCUCCCCUGUGUCAUGCCUGUGCCAACGAUGUCAGAGCCUGCACUCGACCACGAGCGGCGCUUCCAGGCUGCCGUGGAUGUCAUCCACAACCUCCCUAAAAAUGGUAGCUACCGGCCAUCAUAUGAGGUAAUGCUGCGUUUCUACAGUCUGUACAAGCAGGCUGUGUGUGGACCAUGUAAAGUACCUCGCCCGGGCUUCUGGGACCCUGUUGGGCGAUACAAAUGGGACGCAUGGAACAAACUGGGUGAGAUGAAGAGAGAAAGUGCCAUGGCGGCUUAUGUGGACGAGAUGAAAAACGUGGCUCAGGAGGUCAUUGACACAAUGCCCAUGGAUGAGAAGACAGCUUCUCUUUUCCACCACUUUGAGCCUCUCUACCACGUGAUCCAUGACAUGCCCAGGCCCCCAGAGUCUCUGCUUGUGUUACGAGAAGAUCUGAUGGAAAAAAAAGACAGAACCAAAGACGAGUCUGAAACUGUGCCUCUUAUUGACAGUGUGUGCCAUGAAGGACCACUCUUACCAGUGUUCUUGUAUGGUGCAGACUCGGGUCUGUCCGAGCCCCUGGUCCUGACGAGUGACUCUGAGAAUGAGAUUUUCUGUGACUCAGUGGACUCAGUGGAGCAGCUGAACACAAAGGUCUUAAAUGGCUUCUGUGAGAGCCACCCACAAAGCUCAGUGGAGAAGAGAACAGACGGUCGACAGGCAGGGGCCGGUCAGGGAGGAGAGGGCGCCCACGACAAAAGGGGACCAAUGAGGAGCCGGGACAGUGGACGAGACGCUUCUCACUGGAGGCAACGUGGACUGGCAGAGGGUGGUAUGAGGCGUCCAGGUGUCGAUGGAAACAGGGGCGCGGGUGGAGCAGGCAGAGGGGGUGGAGGGGGUGAUGGAGGGGACCAAAGAGGGUCCUUGGGCGUCCAUGAGGCUCAACUCCAGCAGCAGAUCGUACUGGCCCUGCACAGGCUCCGAGAAGAUAUGAGGAGCGUGGGGCAGCGUCUAGAGAUGCUGGAGCGGCUGGCAGCAUCAAAUGCACUGAGUUCAGAAGAGCCUCCAUGUUGGCACUGUCCAGGUUGUACAUGUGAGGAGAAAUGGUGGCCUUUCGAUGUGUCCUUCCCAACGCUACUGGUUUUCCUGGUGUGGCCCUUUGUCGCUCAGGGACUCCUGUCCCUGCUCAGAAAAGGAAAUCACCGAAGAGGAAUCUCUUCAUGAAACAAUUAUAUUGUCAUGAAUCUGAAAGAACUGGUCCAUUUAAACAGUCUGAGUUUGUUCACCAACAUAGGAAAUUAAUGAUUGAAGAGAAUAGUAGCUUUUGGACAUUUAUACCACUGACUUUUGAAGUUUAAAAAAGGAUCAUCGCAAUAAGCUGACUAUGGCUGGCAGUUCUGUAAAUAUCUCUAUCUAUAUGAUUUGUGUUAAUGGGCACAGCUCAUGCUAAGAGUACUCAUGACAUUUCAAUACAGUGCCCUGGUGUAAGGCUAUAGUGUGGGUGAUUUUGAAAUAUACGACACUGCUGAUUAAAAAUUAAGUUAAGCUGA